CCAGACUUAACACAAGAAAAAUUCAUUCCAGACCCAUUUAGUGGGGAAGCUGGGGCGAGGCUCUACAAAACGGGGGACCUGGGUCGUUGGAGGGCGGACGGGGUAGUGGAAUACCUGGGGAGGAACGACUUCCAAGUCAAAAUCAGGGGCUUUCGGAUAGAGCUUGGGGAAAUAGAGGCGCAGCUACAAAAAAAUGCGUGGGUCAAAGAAGCGGUAGUCUUGGCGCGGGAUCGUGCUGGGGCGGGGGCUGGAGUGGGGGCUGGGGGAGACAAACAACUGGUGGCCUACCUAGUCCUGCAAGAAGGGCAGCAGCUGGAUGCGGCGGCGCUCAGGCAGGAGCUGGGUCGGGAGUUGCCGGAAUACAUGGUACCUGCGGCGUACGUACAAUUGGAAGCGUUGCCGAUAACGGCCAAUGGCAAGCUGGACCGCAAAGCCUUACCGGAUCCGGAUCAUGGGGCGUAUGCGCGUGUGCAAUAUGAACAGCCGCAGGGUCAUGAGGAAGAAACCUUAGCGGGGAUAUGGGAGGAGCUGCUCAAAGUUGAAAAAGUUGGUCGUAACGACAACUUCUUUGAAUUGGGGGGUCACUCCUUACUGGCGGUACAAAUGAUCUCGCAAAUCAGGCUCAGAUUGGGCAAAGAGCUCAUGCUGGGUCAACUCUUUGGGCAGCCGGUGCUCAAAAACCUGGCGCAAGAACUCAUGCAUGCGCAGCGAAGUGGUCUUGGGGCAAUUGGCAAAGCGGACAGAGGAGAAGACUUGCCGCUAUCAUUUGCGCAACAAAGACUCUGGUUCAUAGCGCAAAUAGACCCGCAGGCCAGUCUUGCGUACCACAUGCCAAGUGGUCUCAAACUCAAGGGCCAACUCAACUUGGAAAUACUGCAGGGGGCGUUGGACGGAAUCGUCCAAAGACACGAAACGCUCAGAACCUGCUUUCCUGUAAAAAAUGGUCAUGCGGUCCAGGACAUCAGACAAGAGGGGCGCUUUCAGCUGGAAUACCUUGAUGCGCAAGGGCUGGAUGACCAGGGGAUAAAAACCUUAUCGGACCAAGAGGCGCAGCGGCCCUUUGACCUAGAAAAAGGGCCGCUCAUCAGGGGCAAACUACUCAAAUGUGGGGAGGGGGAGCACAUUCUCUUGGUCACCAUGCACCACAUCAUCUCGGACGGGUGGUCGGUUGGUGUACUCACGCGGGAACUCACGGAGCUCUAUGAGGCUUUUGCGCAAGGCCGAGGUGAUCCUCUGCAGCCGCUACCGAUCCAAUAUGCGGACUAUGCGCUCUGGCAGCGUCAAUGGUUGCAGGGGGAGAGCUUACAAAAACAACUGGACUACUGGGUCACGCACCUCAAAGGCGCGCCCGAGCUCAUCAGCUUGCCGCUGGAUCGGGCGCGAGGGGAGGCGCAAAACUAUGCGGGGCAAAGCGUCGGAUUCAAAGUGGACAAAGCGCUCACGCAUGGACUCAAAACACUCAGUGGCAGCCAGGGGGUAACGCUCUACAUGACGGUCUUGGCGGCGUGGUCGGCGUUACUAUCGCGCUUGGCGGGUCAAGAAGAAAUAGUCUUGGGCACGCCGACGGCGAACCGUGGUCGAGCGGAAAUUGAGGGGCUCAUAGGCUUCUUUGUAAACACGCAGGCCUUACGGAUCAGUGUGGAUGGGGAUCCGAGUGUAGAGGGGCUCUUGGAGCAAACCAAACGGGUGGCGUUGGGUGCGCAACAAAACGCGGACAUUCCAUUUGAACAAAUAGUAGAGGCGCUCAACCCUGUGAGGUCGAUGGCGCACAGUCCGAUAUUUCAGAUCAUGUUUGCGUGGCAAAACGCGCCGCAGCAAAAACUCAAACUGGGGGAUCUGGAAUUAGAAGAACUAAACAUAGGGGCGCAAACGGCGCAAUUUGACCUCUCGCUAUCGCUGCAGGAGGAAGGUGGAGAAAUAACUGGUGCGCUAAACUACGCGAGCAGUCUCUACGAUGAAAGCAGCAUAGAGCGUUACCUGGGAUACUUUCAUGCCUUACUGCGAGGCAUGGUAGAAGAGCCGAAACGCAACAUAGGGGCGAUAGAAAUAUUGGGGUUGCAAGAAAAGCGGCUCUUACUUAAAAGCUUCAACGACACGCGCCGGGACUAUGACCAAAACGCGCUCAUACAUGAACUCAUAGAAAAACAUGCGCAACAAAGGCCGGAUGCGCAGGCCUUGCAAUAUGGUCAAGAAAGCCUAAGCUAUGGUCAGCUCAACGCGAGGGCGAACCAACUGGCCAGGCACUUACUAGACCUUGGAGUCAAAGUGGAGGCGAGGGUAGGUCUAUGCCUGAAUCGCAGCUUAGAAAUGAUCAUUGCCCUACUUGGGGUCUUAAAGGCGGGAGGGGCGUAUGUACCGUUGGAUCCGAACUAUCCGGAGGACAGACUGGAAUACAUGUUGGAGGACAGUGCACCGGUAGUGGUAAUCACGCAGCAGGAAGUUGCAGAGCGUUUGGGUGGUAGUUUGCGUGCGGCGGCUGGAGCGCAACUGCUGCUCAUAGACGAAAAGGCGUGGGAUCAAACGCGGUGGGCAGGGCACUCGGAGGCGAACAUAGGGGCCAAGGAAAUAGGCUUGGGGCCGAAUAACCUGGCCUACAUCAUCUACACCUCGGGCUCGACGGGCAAACCAAAGGGAGCAAUGCUUGAGCAUCGCAACCUGAGCAACUUUGCACAAGCGCAGGCGCACUUCUACAACAUCAAUGCCGAAAGUCGAGUGCUCCAAGCGGCAUCGCUUAGCUUUGAUGCAUCGGUAUGGGACAUCAUGCAACCCCUGGCGCAUGGGGGUUGCCUAUGCAUACCUAUAGAACAAAAACUCAUAGGUGAUGAGCUUGCUGUACAAGUCAAAGACAUGCGUAUAUCACAUGCACUUCUUACACCUGCG